AAGAAUGGUCAAAAGAAAAAGACCAAGACCUGAAAGAAUCAUCAGGAUAUGAUUCAGGAACAGGAGGAAUAACAGUUCCAUUGGGAAUGGAAUUCGAAGAUCCAGAUGUAAUGGAUCUGGCAAGAAGAAUGCAACAAAUGACAGCUGCAGCGCAGCAUGAACAACCUCAAAGUAAAGAGCAACAAAAACUAAAUCAAACUCUUAUAAGGGAAGCUCAACAAGAAGCUGAAAACUUUAUAAACAGAGAAAAUAGUAAUAAAUCACCAACAAAAAUGGGAACAUUCUUCAAAGCGAAACUAUCACAACUAGAUAAAGUACUACAACAAGAAGCGGACAUGAACGAUCUGAAAAUACGAAAAGGAAUUCAACAGUUAAAACAAAGAAUGGAAGAUAUGGAAAGACACUAUAAAUACGUAUCCAACUUAUCACCAGAACAAACUAAUGAACACAUCAGAGAUAUAGAAAAUAUAACAAGAAAAAAAUUAGAUAUGGCAGAAAAAGCAGAAUCACGAAAAGAAUAUUUAUUCCAAACGAUAGAAGCAGAUUUAGUAAAAGAAAUAGAAGAAACAUAUGCUAUGGAGGUAGCACCAACCUUAAACAUGAGUAAAGAAGAAUUCUAUCAAAUGCAAGAAUUCGAAAGACAAAUAAUAAUGCAAAAAUUAAUAGAAUCUAUAGAAUAUUGCCAAGAGCCAGCGGUAAGAGAACAAAUGCAACAAAAAUAUCGAGAACUAUUGGGAGUAGAAUUAGAAUCACUAGGACAAAUGCAUGAUACAGAAGACAUAGAAAAUGAAAUGUUCAAAGAACAGCAAGAAAAAAGACAAAAACCAAAACCUGAAAUAUUCCCACCAUCGAAACCAUAUCAUGAAUAUUAUAAACCACAUGAAGACGAUGACUUUCCAAGAAAUCCACCACCAAUAAUACCAAUAUCACCAACAGACUCCACUAAAAGUAAUGAUGAAAAUGAUGAAGACCAAUGGAUCUUAAAAGAUAGAUAUAGUGAAGACAGAACAGAAUCAUGGGUAAACCAACAAGAACAACGCUCAAGACCAAACUCACCAAAUAAUUGGCUACUACCAAAUAUUCCAUCAAUAAAAGGAUUAUUCUCACGAAGAGGGUCACAACAAUCAACAUUAUCAAUACCAAAUAAAUCAUCACCAUUAAGGCAAGAAAUCCAUCCUGAAAAUAUAUCAGAACAUGAAAGUUUAUAUGGCGAUCAAGACCAUAGAGAAGAAAUAAUAACAACACACAAAAGAACUAGAUCAUAUGACUCACAAAUAUCGUACCCAACAUCAGAUAACCCAAGACUAACAGAAUGGAGAAAACAAAAUAAAGUACGAAGAGAACUUUAUGAAAAACAACAAAGAGAGGAAAUAACAUCUGAAGAUGAAAGAGAGAUGGAUGAGGUGGAACAAGAAAUAGAAAAUGAAGGACUAAAUCGACCAAUGAGAUACCAACAACAACAAGGAAUACAUUAUGAUCCACAAGACCAAAAUGAAGCAGGAUCAUCAACAAACAAUACUACUCCAAGUUAUACUCCGUAUGAAUCAAACUAUACUAAAACAUUAAAAUCAACAUGGAGAGGUCAAGAUGUAUACUAUCCUAUACCAAGAAACACAGAUUUUGAUGAAAAUCAUUGGAAAAGAGUAUUUAAAUUUACUAACCCGGAAAUAGCAUGGAGAAACAAUACAAAAAUCGAAGAAGGAUUAAAAGAAAUAUAUGAAACCUCGACAAUAGGAGAUAGAACACCACCACAACUAUCACCUAAAAAAGAAAGAAUAGGGGUACCAGAUAAUAUAUCAGAAAUGACAGAUAACGACCCAAAUAACCUCAACUUUUAUAAAGAAAUAAAAGAAAAAUAUUCCAUAGAAAUGAGACAUAUAAUAAUACCAACCAUUAAAGAAGGGAAAAAUGUUAAAUACCAAAUAUUUUCAAAAGAAAAUACCGAAAUACCACCAAUGUUUAUAGGGUACUGCAAAAUUAAAAAACCCGUUGAAGAUGAUAUAUAUAUAGGAACAACAGCCGAGAUGGCAAAAGAAGCAAUAAUA